UGUUUUUUUUACAAACCCUCACCAAAGUUACCCCCAAACUUACCCAGUCCCGCUACCGCAAAAUGCCUUUAGCGGUGUUGCCGGCCCUGGUUGGCGAUAUAAAAGAUGUUUACGACGUGCAGUUCGACGCCUUCCGCGACGAGCCCAUAAUGCGGUUCCUCUACCCGGGCGGCGUGGACCGCGAGGCGCACCACAAGGGCACGGUGACGUGGUGGAACCACGACCUGACGGGCCACCACAUCAAGUGUGUCGACACCGACACGGGCCGAAUCGUCGGCAUGGCAAGCUGGGACGUCUUUUGGAAGCCGGGAGACGGCUUCGAGCGGCCGGCCGGCAUCCCGUGGUUGGAAGGAGAGGAAAAGGCGCGGUGCGAGGCGGUGCUGGGAGCCAUGUGGGAUCUGCGGGUGAGGUUUUUUGGGAAGCGCCGUCACAUAUACCUCGCGGCCGUGGCUGUGGAGCCCCAGUACCAGCGGCGCGGAAUCGGGUCCCUGCUGUUGCAAUGGGGCGUCAACCUCGCGGAGCAGCUGCAGGUGCCCAUAUAUACCGAGGCUUCCCGGUCCGGAUUCGGGCUCUACGAGCGCAUGGGCUUCGAGCGGCUGACGCAUGUGCAGCUUAUCCAGCGGGCCGAAGUGACGGGCGAUGCGGCCGACGCCGAGGUGCCGUUAGUGGCGCGUAUGCCCAGCGCCGCCAAGGGUAUGUCGUUUAAGGAGUGGGAGGAAAAGGGCUUCCCGGAGAAAUAUGAGUAGGCUGGUGUCAGCUAGUGUGGGGAAAUGUAUUUAUGAUAGAAUUUAUGGAUUUGGGGUGUCUGACUUGGUCGCCCA